CAGGUAUCGGGGUGUGGCACGCUGCUGUCGAUUCGGCUUUGAUGGGUGUGAGACAAAGAAACUUUUCGGGAGCUAAUCCCGGACACCCGAACCCCCCAAAUACUGUGUUGGGCACUGCGGGGAGGUGCAGUAAAAAUGUCUGGGUUCUUUUCAAGCGGGGCCCUUUCCUAGUGUGGUGUGCAGUGUUUGUGAAAAUCUGUAUUUGCGAUCACUUGGAGGAAGCUUGAGCGUAUUAAUGUCGGAGGGGGUAGGCGUGAUAAUACGUUACCACAGAACAUUUAGACUCACCGCUGUCCUCCUGGGAGACUGCACGCCAGGGAGAGACUCGGUCAAAAUGGGUGCUCGCACUUUCACUUGGCCAAGUGUCCUCUAUUGGUGUCUGUCAACACGGAGCAGAGGAACUCAGAAAAAAUAAGGAAGUCCUAAAGUCGGCUUGUCAGUUGCGUGUUUAAACCCAAGCUCCAUGAGUAGGAGAUGUGGAGGCAGAUAGGACCUGACAUUGUGAGUACGACUGUCUGUAAUGUUUGCUUCGUAUUUUGUGGAGAGAGGAGUUAUACUCAAGGAGUGGGAUGCAGAUUACUUGGCAUCGAGGAGACUAUCCUUGCUCCGAUGCACAUUUCUGGAUUCGUUUAAACAACGGAAGGGGCAGGAAUGCCUUUUGAGAGGCUUUAAAAUAAUAUGUAGGUUGUGAUUGCCAUUGACUUAUGUUAUUUGCUUUUAACAGGAUGAGCUCUGAAGCGCUUGAAAGCAUUCCUUUUUAAUCCAACUUAAAAAAAACAGGCUCUGUGCUAACGCGCUGAUGACUUUCAAAGAUGCGCUCUUCACCAUGACAACCUGCCGUUGGAUGGGGGAGGGAAAGAAGACAUUUGAAUGCACUGUGUGCUAAAAUAAAUUAAAAAAAGAAUGUAUUUAAUGAAGAGGCGAGCCUACUUGCAUGAUCGAGAUAAAAGGUAACGCGCAGAGCUGGUGAUCAUGGCCGGCACGGUGCUCCUGGCUUACUACUUCGAGUACACGGACACUUUCCCCGUCCACAUCCAGGGCUUCUUCUGCUACGACAAAGCCUUCUCCAAGCCCUACCCUGGCCCGGAGGACAACAGCAAAGCCCCUCCGGUCCUGGUCUACUCCCUGGUCACCGCCAUCCCCACCGUCACGAUUCUGGCGGGCGAGCUGUCGUGCUUCUUCAUGAAGGCGGAGGGGGCUCAGGAGAAGACCAUCGUGACGGCAGACUGCUGCUACUUCAACCCCCUGCUGCGCCGAAUCGUUCGUUUCCUCGGAGUCUAUUCUUUUGGCCUCUUCACCACUACGAUAUUUGCUAACGCAGGGCAGGUGGUGACAGGAAACCAGACGCCUCACUUCCUGUCCGCCUGUCGGCCCAACUACACGGCGCUGGGCUGCCACACCGGCGUCCGUUACAUCACCGAGCGCCGAGCCUGCACGGGGAACCCCUUCGUUGUGGCGUCCGCCCGAAAGUCCUUCCCCUCCAAAGACGCGGCCCUCAGCGUCUACUCUGCCGUGUACACCGUGAUGUACGUGACCAUCGUGUUCCGCACGAAGGGCACGCGGCUGACCAAGCCCACGCUGUGCCUGACGCUGCUGUCGCUGGCCGUGCUGGUGGGCGUGGUCCGCGUGGCCGAGUACCGCAACCACUGGUCCGACGUGCUCGCCGGCUUCCUGACCGGCGGCGCCAUCGCCGCCUUUCUGGUGACGUGCGUGAUUAACAACUUCCAGCAGACCCGGCUCCUCCCCCCGCCGGCCCCGCCCCUGCGCCCGGAGCCCGUCCUGAGCAUGCCCAUGAUGCCGCUGCCCUGUGUGGAGAGUCCACUCGAAAAACUCCGGGAUCUUCGUUCACAGAGAUCACAUGACCAUCAGCCUUACCUGUUCCCCGCCACCCCCGAUGUCCUAAUACCGUCUCGCUCCAUCUCCAGCGAAGUUUAGACCUGCCUCCGGACCACCCCCACCCGUGUGCCAUCCACCCAACCGGGCGACCCCCCCUCAUUCGCUCCUACUCCACCCAGGUCUAGACUUAGCCCCUCCCCCCUUACUGUACAAUCGCACCGUACCACUUGAAUCACACACACUGUACAUGCCCCCCCACAGGCAAGCCUUCCUCUCAGGACUGAGGUGAGCUGCCAUAAUGUACAGGGUUCUUUUUUUUACUGCUUUUAUUUUUCCCCCUCUCAGUUUUUUUAGAAGUCCUGACGUUAAAAAAAAAACUGUGGCAGCAAUCCAUUCAUUCUUGUCUAUUUAAGCACCUUCUCAAGGACAAUCUGAAAUCUUGUCUGAAAAUUUCUGAAAAGGAAAAAAGGCAAACACACCAGUCCCAUAAAUCCAGCUCAGCAGGCCAGGUUUUCCUUGUUGUUUCAGUAUUCUCCGCCUUCUACAGGGACACACGCCGGGGCAGAGGCAGUCUGCCAGACUGCGAUUCACAUUCCAGGCUGGCUCUCCAUUGUCUCUCCUCAAAAUUCUCCUGGUAGAACUGACUCACCGCCCAGCCCACUCCUAGUCCUGGCUUUUGUGUGGUGUGGUAUUCAGUAGCGGUCCCUAAGGCGACGUGUACUUUCUCAAAUAAGUGUUUACUCUACCACCCAGAAGAAACGGGAGCCCUCAAAAAAAAAAUCUAACCAACAGAAGCUCCCGUUACAGGCUACAGGAAGUGACAUCGCUCCCUGUAACCGACAGAGGUAGUCAGCGAGCCCAGUCAGCCCUAUCACACAGGGCCAGUCCCUCCUGCUCCCGCCCCCUUUCCCUUCGGUCCACGCGUACCAACGUACACCACCCUCUCCGCCUUGGCGCGUCCACAAGGAAUGAACCUGCGGGCGAAAAAUCGGUCUGAAGAUCAGACUCACACCAGCUCUCCAAAGCCUCAGCCUGCAACGGGCCUCAGCUCACAAACGUCUCGCUCCUUCGUGAGAAUCAGAGCAGGCGGGAGGCGCAGCCAGAGUCCCCCGCUGCCGUACAGAGGAGCAGGGAGGAGCAGGGAGGACCUCAGAGCCGUGGGUGCGGAGGGAGGCCCGGGCCCCCUGUCGCCUGCACACUUGGGCGCCCUCUGCACGUCCGGAACGCCGUCUGACUCCGAGGCUAGAAUGCUGAACUCAUUCAGUCUGCCGGUCCAGCAGGCUUUUACAUCGCACAGCUCUCUCAACUAAUCUGCUUAUUUACAUUUUUAAAGCGGAUUAGUUGUCGCUGGGGUCGGCCGAUGAGCCGCGGGCGUGUCAGAGCGUAACGGAACAAUGGAAAUAUCCGCAGCUAGGCUGCGUUCUCCUGCGCUAAACGGCGGUCACUUAGGCCGGGCGACGAUGCCACCCCGGCUGAGGCCUCUGUGUGGCAAGGUUUUGGUUAAGUUGCGUUCUCGCGUAGGCUGGUGCCCACUCACCUGCGUGAGUUCUAGAAAACUCUUUCUGCUGAGUUCCACUCAGAGAAACGCAGACCAAAUCAGCAGAUUCCCAAGACUCAUCUGGCAGUCACUCAGAGACUUGUACAAAUCAAUCUUUUCACAUUGCUCAGGAACAAAAAUAAAUGAAUAUGAAAGGGAAUUCAACUGCUGACACUCAUUACUCCAUUUCUUUGACUGUUGGAGGCAGGUGAAGAGAAACAAUUAAAGGAAACACUUUUAGAUUUUAGAAAGGUUAAAGAGACAAGCCUCGACAGGCUGUAGACUACAAAUUUUCUGUAUUUUCUGUAUAGAGGAAACAUUUUCUAUGGUAUUUAUCAUGUGUUGUCAGAGCAGGGAACAUGUUCAUGUGAUGUAGGUUGUGGGUGGUCAUUUCUGACCCGACUGUGCAGUUCAGCCUAGCAGUAGUAGUUCUUUACUGGGUUCUGGUGGUGGUAAACUAAAGGAAAUAUGGGAGUAGAAGGCACUGGAAUCAAAUAUAU